GCUUGGGGUCAAGAUUAGACUAGAAGAGUUUUGUGAACCACUUACCUGUCUUAGAGGAUUGUUUUGAUUAAGGCAGGAACUGAAAUUUAACUGGGUCCUUAUCUCCUGGAAUUGGAAACUUAACUAAGUUAGAGUCUGGGUUGCUACAAAACAAUGCCAUUUGUGGGAAUAUUCCGGCUGAGAUUGGGAAGUUAGAAAACCUUCAGACGCUUGAUCUCUCCAACAACAAGUUGGAUGGUGAUAUACCAAGCUCAUUAGGUGAACCAGCUUUCCUUCAUCUUUAAUUGACACUUCACAGUUUCUUGCAAGCAGCCUAAUUCGUGUUGACCCCCAAAACUACCUACAAGAAUUUUCUACAUGUCGACGUCGCUGGAAUCGCCGAUGUUUUCUGGGCCUGACAGAGAGCGAGAGAUGUCUGUGAUCGUUUCCGCUCUGACCGACGUCGUCACCGGCGGCCCUCCACCUCCAACCCCGCGGUGGUUGUGGGAUGCCGCCGCCGCCGGGGUGGAAACGCAAUCUGCGCCUUCAUCGUCUUCUUCUCCAGGAUAUUCAGGAGGAGAAUGGAGGGUGAUAAGAUCAACAAUGGGCAUGGCUGCGUCCUUUGUUUAUCAGAACACACAAUUAGGUGGGGAUAUUAUUGAGACAUCAAGAAGAUACAGAGGAGUGAGACAGAGGCCGUGGGGGAAAUGGGCUGCCGAAAUCAGAGAUCCCCACAGAGCCGCCAGAGUGUGGCUGGGCACCUUCGACACCGCCGAGGAUGCUGCCCGAGCCUAUGACCAAGCUGCCCUCACGUUCCGAGGCACCAAAGCCAAACUCAAUUUCCCCGAGAACGUCGUCAGCCAAACUUAAUUAUUAAGUCUUUUCAGUUUCCAACUUUUAUGACCGCUAUUUCCUUUUCUUUAUUUACUUUCUUAAUUAAAUCUCAUCUUUCUUUUUCAUCUCUAUAUCUCUCCUAUCGGACAAUUUCAAUCAUCUCUAUAUUUUUGUUUGAGUUAUUUUAUCAACUUAUAAUAAAUCUUUUUGCUCA